CCAGCCCUACCAAGUCCGGCUAUGUAUACAAGCUUCCGAAGCUUUCUACCUCCAGGCUGGGCCUGGUUGCAAGGGCCUUGAAGGAGCUUGGACUGUGGGCGAGGCAAGGGAAAAGGGUUAUAAGAUGGCACCGCGAAAUGCCCUGCCAUCAUAAAGCACGAGUACCGUGGGUCGGUCUUGUACGGAAGGGGCUCUUUGGUGUGUACAGACAGGCAAGCGUACCGUGUUUCAGCGCCAACCCUGGUAACGCGCUCCACCAUUCACGUUCUGCGAGUCCUUCAGGCGAUGUAGACGCCCGCGGUCUGGCACACGGCAAUGCUGCCGCAGUUGCCUAACGCGGCUACAGUGCGGCUAGCUUGUCUCAGCGCGCAAGGCUCAGUACAGUCGAGGUGCAGGGUCUCGGUCGUGUGGUACUGGCAGCUGGGUUUUCGUGCGCGACGUCUGCUCGCUCGCUUGGCUUCGUGGCCUGUGGCCACCUCCUUUUCGACAGUGGAGGCCGCCCGGUUUCCGCCCCCGGCGAUGUGCGCCAAGGCGCGUCGUGCUGCCAAACGACACCAAAAAGGCGGGAUCUACGCUGGUACCUGGAUUGGCGAAAAAGCAGUGGCAGAGCGUGGGGAGUCUGGAGCUACUGUGCGUUUCUGUCUUUUGACUGCUGGUGCAUCGCCUGUCCACAUUGUCGCGAGCGCCGACGGGCGACAGGGCUCGCAGGCGCACCCGAAGCAGCAAGCCCGUCGGCGCGUCAGCUCGCUGGUGGCUCGCCGCGGCUUGGCGGGCUUGGCGGGCUGCAGCCCCUGGCCGGCGGUGGGGACCAUUGCGUGCACGUCGCGACGUAUAUCAAGCCGCCUUAUCCGUGCGACCAUGGCCUGCGAAGCUCGAAGCUCGCAGCGCUGCACCAGACGUCGUCUCUUGUGCUGCGUCGCCGGCCCCUCGCCCGUAGCCCUGCGUGCCCGUCGCCGUGAGCGCCUCCUCGUCCGCGCCGACCAGCAGGCUGAAAGACGGCCGUCCACUCUUUUGUGCACCAUCCUUUGCUGCUCAUCUGGCCGUCGAGUCCCGUGCACCCGCGUACUACCUCCCCGUCGCGCCCGCACCCGCCCUGCGCCCUCAUCCGUCUGACUCUCCUAUGCUCCCGAGCGACCUCAAAUGGCCAUUGGAAAGGAGGGUAACGUGAAGUGGGUGGAUGGCCUGCGAGGCUUCGCAUCUGCCCUCGUCGUCCUCACCCACAUCUCGCGCGCCUGGGCCGGCAAUCUCUUCUGGGCCACCACCGCCGAAAAUACCACCCCCAAGCUGCUGCAGCUGCCCUUCCUGCGCGUCCUCAUCCAGGGCCGCCUCGGCGUCUCCAUCUUCGCCCUUGUCACCGGCUACGUCUGCGCCCUCAAACCUCUCAAGCUCUACCGC